GACGAUAUGUGACGUCACAUCUCUUGUACAGAUACGAGUGUGCGUGAGCGCUGUGGGGCCCCGAGUUGUGGGGUCAUGUGACCCGGGACAGGGUGAGAGAUACCGGGCAGGGUGAUGGCUUUGUGUCAGUGCGCAGUAAAACACAGUGAAUCUGAUAUGGAGGGCUGUACUUUCACUGGAGCUGGACUCAGAGUCUAUUUGUAUUGGAGCAAUGGAAAAGAGCAUUAUGUCAGCUUCACCCAGAAAGUCACCACAGCUGAGGAGAUCUGUAUUCAACUGGCAGAGAGACUUGGUAUUACUCCUAUUUGUUAUACUUUAUUUGCCCUGUAUGAUGUACAAGCAAAAUACUGGUAUCCGCCUAAUCAUGAGUUUAAAAUCACAAAUGAUAUGAAACUGCUUCUCCACUUUCGAAUGAGGUAUUAUUUCAGGAACUGGCAUGGAAUGAAUGAGACGGAGCCAGCGGUCUGUCGCAAUGUCCCUAAAAUAAGUGACAGUAGUGAAGAUAAGAGCCGGGCGGAACAGUCUGGGGCGAUCCUGGACUUGGCAUCCUUUGAGUACCUGUUUGAACAGGGCAAGUUUGACUUUGUGAAUGAUGUAGUGUCACUGAAGGACUUUCACGCUGAGCCCGACAUCCACAAGUUUAAGAAUGAGAGCCUGGGUAUGGCUGUGCUGCACCUGUCACACAUUGCCAUCAAAAAGAAAGUGUCACUGGAAGAAGUGGCCAAGAAUAUUAGCUUUAAGGAAUGCAUUCCCAAGUCGUUUUGCCGGCAGAUUCAGCAGAACAACUACCUUACGAAGUUCCGCAUCAGGAACGUUUUCAAAAAGUUUGUCCGUCAUUUCCACCUCCACACAGUGAGCCCCGGCAAGCUGAGCGAAGAGGACGUUAUGUACAAAUACCUGUCGACUCUUGAAAACCUGGCGCCAAAAUUCGGCUGCGAGGUGUUCUGGACUCGGUCGCUGGAGCUGCCGUCAGAGGGAGAGAAACUGCCUUUGUACAUUAAUGGGGGAUAUGUGGAUCACACAGACUGUGCGGGCGAGGAGUUUUCCGCUACACAUCAGGUCAUGGUUUGCGGUGUGUCAGGGAUAAAGUGGAGAACUGUGAAGCAGGAGGAACGGUCAGGAAGCAGCAAUCCAAGAAAUUACUUCAGCAAGAAAAGUCGUGUGAAAGGACAGAAGGUGGGAAAAUCUGUGUUGGCGGAAUCAAGUGACCAGAAGUGGGUGCAGUUUUGCGAUUUCCAGGAUAUCACUCAUAUUGUUAUCAGCAGGAGUAAAGUCAGCAUCAACUGUCAGGAUAACCGCUGCCUGGAAAUAGUCCUGCCAUCAUAUGAAGAAGCGUUGUCUUUUGUAGCGCUGGUGGAUGGCUAUUUCAGGCUCACAACGGACUCCAACCACUACCUAUGUCAUGAAGUUGCCCCUCCACGCUUAGUGAUGAGUGUCCUGAAUGGGAUUCACGGACCCAUCCAGGAGCAGUACGUGGUGCAGAAGCUGAAGCGGGAAGAGCAGGCGGAUGGCUUGUACAUUAUACGCUGGAGCGCUUUUAACUAUAACAGACUCAUCAUGACUGUGAAAGGAGGAAACCAGAGUAAAAGCUGCAGCUACAGGCAGUUCAGGAUAGAUAAGGUGGGAAAUUUAUAUACACUGGAGCAGUGGGACCGAGGGUUCCCCAGCAUCAAAGAAUUGACGGAGAGCCUGAGGGGCUGCACCCUGAAAUCUGGGCAGGAGGUGUUCCACGUGCAGCAGUGUAUCCUGCCAAAGUCUGGAGAAGUGUCCAACUUAACAAUUUGCCGGAAAGGGAAAAAUAGCAAAGAGGGUGCAGUCUCACGGAAUCUGAACUUAAGUCAACUUAGCUUCCACCAGAUCCGCAAGCAUGAGAUCUCACAGAAAUCCCACUUGGGUCAGGGGACCAGAUCGAAUAUCUAUGAAGGAAUUCUCAUGGUGACUGGGGGUGGAGAGGACGAUUCGGAUUACGAGUCCAGUGAACUGAACAAUAACUCCCAUGAUCUACGAGUAGUCCUGAAAGUGCUGGACCAGAGUCAUCAAGACAUAGCACUGGCUUUCUUCGAGACCGCAAGUCUGAUGAGCCAAGUCUCUCAUAUUCACCUGGUAUUCGUCCACGGAGUGUGCGUCCGGGAAACAGAAAACAUCAUGGUGGAGGAGUUUGUUGAACACGGCCCACUGGACGUAUGUCUGCGCAAGGAUAAAAUGCAGAUCUCUGCUGGGUGGAAAUUCACCGUGGCCAGGCAACUAGCGAGUGCCUUAAACUAUCUGGAAGAUAAAUGUUUGGUCCAUGGAAAUGUCUGUGCAAAGAAUAUUCUACUGGCCAGGAAAGGUUUAGAAGACGGAUCUUCUCCUUUCAUCAAACUAAGUGACCCAGGAGUGUCGUUCACAGUGCUCUCGCAGGAAGAGCGGGUAGACAGAAUCCCCUGGAUUGCACCGGAGUGUGUCCGCAGUGUCUCUGGUAUCAGUACGGCUGCCGACAAGUGGAGCUUUGGCACAACGUUACUGGAAAUCUGCUUUAAUGGGGAUGUUCCCUUAAAGGAGCGAACUCCAUCUGAGAAAGAGCGGUUUUAUGAAAAACAGUUGGGACUUCCCGAGCCAUCUUGCAAGGAACUUGCCGAUCUGAUUGGCCUGUGCCAUAAUUACAACCCCUCCGGAAGGCCCUCUUUCCGCACUAUCCUCCGAGAUCUGACCCAACUCCAGCCCCAUGAUCUGUAUGAUAUUGCCUCAGUCAGCCCUGAUUACUCCAUCACAGACCCAACAGUGUUCCAAAAACGAUACUUAAAGAAGAUCCGAGAGCUGGGAGAGGGACACUUUGGAAAAGUGAGCCUGUACUGCUAUGACCCAAAUAAUGAUGGGACAGGGGAGAUGGUGGCUGUGAAGUCCCUGAAGUCGGGGUGCAGUCAGCAGCUGGAGACCAGCUGGAAGGGAGAGAUCAAAAUCCUUAAAACCCUUUACCAUGAGAACAUUGUGAAGUACAAAGGCUGCUGCAGCGAGCAAGGUGAUAAGAUUGUCCAGCUGAUUAUGGAGUAUGUCCCUCUGGGGAGUCUGCGGGAUUACUUGCCCAAACACAGCGUGAGCCUGGCUCAGCUAUUACUAUUUGCCCAGCAGAUCUGUGAGGGUAUGGCAUACCUCCACUCUCAGCAUUAUAUUCACCGCGACCUUGCCGCACGCAACGUCCUGGUGGAGAAUGAGAAUGUGGUGAAGAUUGGGGAUUUUGGACUGGCCAAAGCUGUGCCUGAAGGUCAUGAGUAUUACAGAGUAAGAGAGGACGGGGACAGCCCUGUGUUUUGGUAUGCCACAGAAUGUCUUAAGGAAUGCAAAUUCUUCUAUGCCUCCGAUGUUUGGUCAUUCGGGGUUACCCUGUAUGAGCUCCUGACUCGAUGUGACUCCUAUCUCAGCCCCCCUGCUAAAUUUAUAGAGAUGAUUGGAGUCACCCAAGGACAGAUGACGGUGGUGCGGCUGAUUGAUUUGCUGGAUCGAGGUCAGCGUCUGCCGUGUCCGAGCGAUUGCCCUAUGGAGCUCUACAAACUGAUGAAGGACUGCUGGGAGACGGAGGCAAAUUUCCGGCCCUCAUUUCCUAACCUCAUCCCCAUCCUGAAAGCCUUCCAUAAUACAUACAGCACACAGGCACCAUCCGUGUUCAGCGUGUGCUAACCCACUGGGAGACUCUAUAAACGCCACGGACAACAGAAUGACGGAACCAUCACCUGCUGCCUGACAUGCUGCUUACAUAGUGUACGAGUUUUAGCGGCAUCCCUGAGCGUCGAUAUGGUGCACACGUAUGAUCAACGGAAAGGCCAAUUGUUACCCCUGGAGUCUUUUCAUGAACACCACAAUUGGGAGAUGGCUGGAAUUUUUAUUUUCUUUUUAAAUCACUGUAGCAGUGUUAACCACUUCAGGAGUGCAAAGCCAAAAAAAAAAACACUGUAUUAAAACUUUAAAUAGAGGACUGUGAUCUAAUGAUGGCUCAGACUCCGAGAACUAUAUAGGGUACAUCUGUUACCAAGCAAAAAGUUUCAAACUGUGAACUUUUUGAAGUCUCAUGAUGAGCUUUACUGUUAGUUGGGAUAGCUGUGUACAGAUGUUCAGUAUUUCUUCCCUGUGCCUGUGAUGUACAGGAAUACGCCUGUGAUGCACGUUACUUAUGAGAUGCACAAUUUAUGCAAAAGGCUGGUGCAAUAUCGCGGUAUUUUAAAUAUUUGUAUACACCCCCCACCCCUUCCCCACACCCAAGCUCUCCAAAUGGCCAAUAGCUGAGGACCCACAGGUCUCCUAACUGUGCCCCAAGCUUUACUACCCACAAGAAACCUUAAAGUCUGUGAAUUAAGUGGUUUGCCGUUAACCGUACCUGCUCGCUGCCAGUGGAGGAUGGACUCCUAGAAAUACACCUCAAGUACAUUUUAUGCAGUUAUCAUGUUUCACUUAUCAGGUAUUUUAGUCCUCUUCCCCCAUCAAAUGUGAGUUAUCAAAUUGCCCUUCCCCCAUCAGAUGUGAAUUAUUAAACCGCUUAAACAGA